AGAGAGAGAGAGAGAGAAUUGAAUUAACACCCAUCGAACGACCCAAAACCAUAUGACGGCAACGGAUUACGGCGUUUUUUUUCUCCCCCCUAACUCAAAACGUGUAGCGCCAGGGAGGAGUUUAAUUCAUUUGGGGGCUUUACAUAUGCAGCAAAAUCCUGGGCGAGAGGACGGACUCGGAGCGUGUUGUGCAACAGAUCAGCAGGGAUUCAAUAUUGGAGAACCAACAGGGAGCUGAGAACAGACAGAUUUUUUUUGGGGGUGUGAAUAACACACUGCCUUGCAUAAACAUUCCUUCAAACUGUCUUUUUUGCAUUUGCGUGGUAGACCACGGAGAACAGAGAGAGUUUGACAAAGGACGAUAUAGCUUCAACAGGUUGCGUAACUAAUUUUAAUAUCAUACAAUGUGGUAGUUUUGUCUGCAAGCAGGAGGAACAAGGAUAGAGAUUGAGAGAACGAUAAGGAAAGGAAAGGAGUCGAAGCUGAAGCAACAGGUCAGGGAAAGUUCUACCGGGUUUGAGUUGACCGUGAUUUAUUUGUUAAGAAAGAAAGAAAGAAAAAGUUAGAAAAUGUCGAAACCCAACUAUUCCGGAGUUUAUCACAUGGUUUCUCAGGAGAACUUCGAAUCGUACCUGGCGGCUUUGGAUGUGAACUAUGCUUUACGGAAGGUUGUUUGUAUGUUGAAGCCCAGUAAACACAUUGAACAUGACCCUGCCUCAGGUCAAAUGAAGAUUAAGACUGUCACUACCUUCAAAAACUUUGACAUGGAUUUUCAAAUUGGCCAGGCGUUCACCGAGGACUUGGGGCCGGUUGAUGGACGCAAGUGUCAGACCACGGUGGACUGGGAGGGCGAUAAACUGGUGUGUGUGCAGAAAGGAGAGAAAGAAGGCAGAGGCUGGACUCACUGGCUGGAGGGAAACCUACUCCACCUGGAGCUCAGGGUUGACAAUGUGGUCGCUAAGCAAGUCUUCAAGAAGGCUGACUGAGGGGCUCGGUUGCCGGGGGCGACGCCACGUCUCACUCCAGGUUCUGGGGUGGUCGUGUUAGAGCUUGGGCGUCGGACAGAGGACCACCUCAGCGGCACUUUUACGCCAUAAUCAUAGGCAUAAUUUUUUUUUCCUUUUUUUUUUUUUUUUAAAACCACAGAGGGAGAAAUCAGAGCCAUGUGUAUGUGACUGUUUAGUUUUAAAUUGCCUCAUGAAAUCUUGAAAAAUUCCUCAGUAGAAAUACAAAACAUAUGUUAAGGGUAUUCGAUUAAACCAGGCUCUCCGAGAUAGGCUAAACUUGUACUCGGAGCAGAUAAGUGAGGAAUCCGUACUUUGUAGCGUAAAACACUUAACACUACUGAUUUGAGAUUUAAAUUUCAUGUAAUACCACUACAAUGCACAGGAGGGCGAUAUUGCAGAAGCAUCUCGCACGCCGGUUACUGUUUGAACAAUGCAGAUGUUUUGUGAUCGCCCCCUAGUGGAAUAGGAAGAACUCUCUUCUACUCGAGAGUUCUGCCCCAAAGAACGUUCCCUGUUGCACUAAAGGCCUUGAAACUGUGAGAAAGUGCCCUCUAAUGGAAUUGAAUGGGAUAAUGUCCGUGUUUGGCUCCUCUGUCUCGAAAUACACUGUUUCAUGGUGAAAAGA